AUGGACGACUCAAAGAGCCCAAGCGCUUUUAUCGCGGCCACCGACAUGGAGGCGAGCCUCAGCGGCCACGGAUCUAUCCACGCUGAGCCACCCGAGGAGAUCAAGCGCGACCUGAGUUCUCGACAUAUCAACAUGAUUGCCAUUGCUGGCAUGAUUGGAACCGGUCUCUUCCUCGGGUCAGGCAAGGUGCUUUACAUCGCUGGUCCCGCUGGCGCUCUUCUCGCCUACACCUUCAUGGGUCUUGUCACGCUCGGAGUAUCCUAUACCACGGGCGAGAUCACCACCUUUAUGCCCAAGUGUAACGGUUACGCCUAA